AUGGCCUCGCAUUCGUACGCCCUUCGAAGCAGGCUCAACACCCAAAGUCCGUCUCUCCGCACAGCGCCAACUGGCUCUCCCGUCGUGCCAAAGUUCGGCGCCGCAUCGCCUCGCAAAGCACGAUCCUCCGAUAUCACACUCCAGUUACAAAAGGUGAUUGGAACGACUACAAAUAAUCCGAGCGGAUUGGCAUGCUGUCUGGCAACAGGAACCUACGCAUAUUGUGCAGGAGCUGUUGCGGUGCUGGCCAAAGUCGAUCCAAAUACCGUACCUUUGCAGCGGUACUUCAAAGCCCGACCCACCGCGCCCUCCAUCCAUCCUCCCACCGCCUAUUAUGAAGGCUCUCCAGCGGCGACGCCCUCGAAGAGGAGGACGACAGCAUUUAUGUCACAAAGGGGACAAGAUGAUUACACUGGUGGUUCAUUCGGACGCGAGUGGCUAGAAGACUCGGCCGGCCAGACCUGGACCGCACGGGAACGCAUCAAGUCCACAUCCUGUGUCGCACUGAGUUCGGACGGUCGCUGGCUUGCUGUUGGAGAAUCAGGUUACAAUCCUCGAGUUUUGCUGUAUUCGACUGUUGACGAUGCCUCCGGCGAGAUCCCCACCUCGAUUGUGACUGAUCAUACCUACGGGGUCCGCUGUAUAGCCUUCAGCGCCGACAUGCGAUAUCUGGCGACAUUGGGGAAUCUGAAUGACGGAUUUCUGUUUGUAUGGUCAUUGAACUCCAAGACGGGUCAACUGAGCCUGCACUCCGCCAACAAAUGUACCGCCAACAUCUGCGACAUGAUGUGGUGCGGCAACAAUUUGGUCACCGUUGGAACAAGACAUAUCAAAACCUGGCAUGUCAAAGACCCGACGAAACAAUCACCUACAAGGAAGUCGAAAUAUCGGCCGUCCGAGAUUUAUCCAUGCAGUCCUGGACCUACACCUCUUCAAGGCCGGAAUUGUCUGUUAGGAUCAAUGGUAGACUCAACUUUCACAUGUCUGACAUCGGUUGAUCAAAAGCUUCUUAUCUUAGGCACUGAGACCGGACAUCUUUGCGCCGUGGACGUCUCUCGAGCAACGCCGGAGUUACAAGUGCUUAAGAAGACCGACUUAUCCAUAACUUCGAUUGCCUACCUUGCUUCUAGCAAGCAGAUUCUGGUCGGCACAUCGUAUGGGAUUUAUUAUGAAGAUUUUGAGUCUCUAUUGAAACAGGAGAAUGAACCAUGUGGUAGCACUUCACGGCGGAAGCCUUCUCGACCGUCGUCAAUCCGCCGCUCUCUCGGCCUCGUGCGGCAGACAGGAAAGAGUGUGAUGGCAGUUGGCAUCCUUGAGAAUCAUACAAUCACACUUGACAACGAUGGAAGCCUGCAGAUACAACGUCGUGACGUGGACGAUUAUGAUCAGCCUCAGCCGACAUUCGCCGCCCACAACAGUGUUUUGCAGGGGGUGCAAGCUCUCCCCGCGACAUCCCACUUGGGAGAUUUCUUUACGUGGUCAAAGAACGGCGAGGUUAAAUUCUGGAGUGCCGAUGGCGCAAUGUUGCAUCAAAGACACCUCGAUCUCGACGAGAUAGGCAUGGACGGUGAAAAUCUUCAGAAUGAGCUCAGUCGGAUACGAUAUUGGCCCGCUCGUGGACAUUUCAUUGCGGGCGACCGCUUCGGAUUGCUCAAACUAAUCAAAGACCAAGAUUGGGGAGUCGUGCACACCAUUCGAGCACACGGUUCAGAGGUCAUGAGUAUUGCGGUCUCUGAUGGGGAAUCGUUGAUAGCAACGUGCAGCCGAGAUCGAACGGUGCAACUCUUCCGGUUGGCCGGAGACAACUUCGAGCUUCUCCAAACGAUGGAUGAUCACGUUGGGUCUGUCAACCAGAUCUUGUUUGCCCAGGCCGGGGGUAAACUGCUUUCGUGUUCCGCAGAUCGAUCGUUGAUUAUUCGUGAACGCGUAUUGAGGGAGCAGGAUGGGAUUCAAGCUGUUGCAUACUUGUCAACCAAAGUCUUGACGCUCAAGAGUGCUCCGUUGUCAAUGACCAUGUCAUCCGCCACUAUGCUUGCGGUGGCCACUAUGGAUCGUCGCAUCAGCAAAGUAGACUUCUUGACCGGCACAGUGAUGGAUUCAUUCAAGGUCGGGGAUUCCGAAAGCGACGACACGGUGUUUCUGAAUUCCAUCAUCUGCACUCCCAUUCCUGACGCUCCAGAUACGAUCCAAGGACUGCUGAUCGGAUAUUGUUCUUUGGACAAAUCCAUCCGAGUAUACAAUGAGCGAAAUCUCACUCUACUAGGACGAGAGUCGGGACAUACCGAAGGCGUGAGCGACGUUGCCUUGCUCGAGCAGUCCGACGAUGCCGUUUCUGGGAGGGAGCCGACUCUUGUCAGUACAGGGCUGGACGGCACGAUAAUGAUCUGGCGAAUUGUCAAGACGGCGAGCCUAUUGUCAGCGCAGAACACUUCACCAGAUCGAACCCAAGGGCAGGGGUUUUUGACAGAUGAGACGCAGACGGCCAGUGCCAAACCAAGUCCAGCAUCUCUCCCACCCUUGAGAAAAGUGUUGACAAAAUUGGACAUUGCAGACUUGACCAAAGGAGGCACGGCAUCACCGACCACCCCUCGAUCAUUAUCACCGGUCAGACUGAGAAGGAAGACCUCAAGGCUUGCUUUGUCGACAACCAUGGAAGAUGUUGAAGAAACCCCGACCAAAGUUACCGACGUUCCUGUGGCCACUGACAGCUUAGGCACCAAGGAGAAGUUGAACCUGCGACGUUCUCCGUCACCCAGAGGCCGGGGAGAAUCCAGACUGAAGAAGCAGCAGUCGCGCACAGACCUGAGUAGAGAUGUCGGAUCGAGAAGAACACGAGGUCUCGACAGGUCACGAUCACCUCCAUCCUUCUUCCCCUUGUCGGUUCCCACCACGCCCAAGCAGCGGCAACAACCGAACAACAGCCGACUUCGACGACCACCAUCCGUUCCUACGGAUCUACGGUCCCAAGGCCUGACUCAAAGUCGGCGGCAGAGCAUGAGCCAAGCGUCCGACUUUGGCAGUCUGGGCAUGGCGACAGAACAGGCGGGGCGGAUGUUGAGGAUGUAUAGAAAGAAACUGGUCCACAGCCGAGAGACAGUGGAUUUGGACGAUCUCGAAGAUGAGGUGUGCGGGCUAUUGAAGAUACUACGAGAACGAAAAGACCGAACGCAACCCACACCAGUACCACCAACUGAGGCCGAGGACCAAGCGCUUCACGAGGCACACCGACGGGGCAAAGCGAAGGCAGCCACCGAGAGCGACGUCGACCAGCUAGCGGUCUUGCUGGGGAAGUCCAGCAUGGCAGAGUCUCCGACGGCCGCCCACGGGUCGAAGAUUUUGGCCAACGCAUGA